GAUUCUACGGACCUGCACUUGGCUAAAAGAAACAGCUCUCUCUCUCUCUCUCCCUCUCCCUGAUAAGAAACACUUGUCGUCCCGUGAACGCAGCGCGAACGGGAACGUCCGAAGCGCCCUUGUCUCUGCACGCGGAGCGGGGGCGAAAAGGCCAUGCAAUUAUGCGCCGACGGCGGCUCGCUUCACGAAGGCUAGGGACGAACAUCUUUUCCUUCUUGCCGCUGACGGAAGUCCAUGGUCGAUGCCAGAUGAGCGGGAGCAGACUUUUCUUGCAGCCGUUUACGACUGCUUUCGCGGACCACCGUAGUUCACAUUGUGAGGCCGUCAAAGGGACAUUGACAAUGAAGGGUGGUCACCGAGGCGUCUGCUUUGGCGAACGCGCUGGUUGCUGCCGAGAAUGAAGCCCACUGCUCGGUGAAAAUUACCGCGAGCCGGACGUCCCUCGUCGACGGUUCACUACUAGGAAAAAGCGUUUCCCAGACAGAGGCGUACGGAUGGUUCGCGGGUCCCAGUGCUACGUCUGCGGCCCCGACGAGCCACGCAGCUGGCUCGUGGCUCUGGCCGGCAGUGCGGUCAUGAGCUGCAUCACCUGGACCUUCCGCUGUUCGGGCGUCAUGUACGUGGCCUUUCUGGACGAGUUUCACAUGUCUAGGGAACAAGCGUCUUGGCCCGUGUCUCUCUUCAGCGUCUCCUCAUGCAUGACAGGUCCUGUCGCUGGACUCCUCGUACACUAUUUCACUAUGCGAACCCUUUGCAUCUGGGCGACUUUACUUGGGUUUGCUGCUGUUGCAAUGUGCCAGUUCGCCAGCAGUAUUUUGGAAAUCUCGAUUUGGCUUGGUGCGAUACAAGGCAUCUGCAUGAGCUUCCACUACACACUCACAUCUCCUCUUGUGGCAAGCUACUUCGAUCGUCACGUGACAACAGCGAUCGGCAUCCUGUACACUGGACCAGCCAUCGGGUCCUUUGCUUUCAUUCCUCUUUUCAACUGGAGCUACAAAGAGUACGGGCUUCACGGGAGCUUUUUAAUUUUUUCUGGCGUUGUCCUUAACGCUCUGCCAUUUCUUCUGCUGAUGCGUGAUCGUUGCACGGACUCUACUGCCUGCAACAUCGAGCUAAUCACAAUUCGAUCCAACGGCGAUCAGCCAAAGCAAGAGUUGUGCUACGAGUCCUGCAAAAUAAACAAUGCACCCAAUCAUCUCCAAGACACGGAGGAUAUCAUGGGAGAUGCGAUGUCCGUUGUAGCCAAGGCAUCGUUCGUGUUCAAGCAACCCAUGUUCUACGUGAUCGGUGUCUCGAACAUUGUUGUCGGAUACUGCAACACAACGGUACUAAGCGUCAUUAUGGACUUCGCUCUUGACCAGGGCGUGCCCGAAAGAACAGCGGUGGUUCUCCUGAACGUCGUCGCCGUGGGCGACCUUGUAGGAAGGCUUUGUUCAGGAUGGAUUACGGACCACGGCUAUCUAUCUAGGAACAAGAUGAUGGUGAUCGAAUACUUCCUCCUAGCGACGCUCCUGGUGGGGUUAGCGCAUUUAAAAGGAACAACCGCCCUCAUGGUCGUCAUGCUUGUGUUCGCGUGCGUUGCCGGUAGUACCGUGGUGCUCUUCACCAACAUCAUCAAGGAUUACCUGGGAUCUGAAUGGAUUGCUCUCUCGUCGGGCUGGAUGACGUUCUUCGGCGGGUGGGUCCUGCUCAGCAGACCGGCGCUUGUCGGUUACUUCAGAGACAAACUUGGAUCGUACGUCACCAUGUUCACGUUCCUUGGAGCCUCCUGCUUCCUGUGCAGUGGGUUGUGGUGUGCGGUGACCACGUACGAAUACUGGAGAGUGCCGAAAGAUUCAAAACAUGAACCCCAAAGUAAUACUAUGACAUAAGUAAUGUUGAAGUAAAUAAAAAUAUCAACAGUGGAAGGCGAAC